UUCUGAAAACAUCUAGAUCUCCCACCUUGGUAAUACGCGCUAUAUUGAAGACAAUGUCUCGCUUACCUACUCUGGACCACAUCGUCAUCCUUGUGUCUCAUUACACCCUCAUGGGUCUAUCAGACCGCAUCCAGCAUCUGUUCAUCGUGGCGCCUGGCGGAAACCAUGCUGAUGGACUCACCUCAAACAAGCUGGUCCUUUUCCAGGAUGGGGUUUACAUAGAAUUCAUCGCUUUUUUCGACGACGUUGACCCCGAUCGACGGAGCAAGCACCGCUGGGGAAACCUCAAGGAAAACACUAUUAUCGAUUGGGCUUUCACGUUCCCUCCAGAUGAUGAUUUCGGCGCUAUCAAGCAGCGAGUCCAGGAUGCAAAGACAAGCUUCUUGUAUGAGGAGCCUGCCCUCUGGGGACGAAAGAGAACCGACGGGACAAUGCUGGAGUGGACACUCAGCGCACCAACAGACGCAGACGCCCUUCCCAAUGCGCUUUCGCCUGGUCGUCUACCAUUCUGGUGUCUCGACAAAACGCCUCGUGAACUGCGGGUUCCUUAUGCCGUGGAGCCUCAUCUGACUCAACACCCAUCCGGUGUGCAGGGUGUCUCUUCGUUGUCAUUGUCUGUUCCUGUGCGAGAGAUCUCGGACCUGACGGAAGUAUACGGGGCUAUAUACGGAAGUUGUGGUCCAGCAGACUUGGCUGAUCGAGUUUGGCCUUAUGAGGUUCCUUCGGGAUCGAUAGCUGGUAGACACACUAUUACUUUGCUGGGAAGUACAGAGACGAGUAUUACGCUGACUUUGGGUGGGCCUAGUCCUGGACAGAUUGAACUUUUGUCAGGGCUUACUAUUGAUAUUGAGUAAGGGAUGGCUAUGGCAUGAUGGGUGUGUAUGUAAAGAGCUAGCACCCUAAUGCCACCGUAGCGUGUUUUUGCUAGCUUACGGUCUACUAAUCACAGCCUUUUCAAGAUGUUAGAUAUGCAGCAAUCCUGUCUACAACAAUAUUAUGGGAAAGAGUGAUUGAAAAAUCAUUGAAUGAUAAGUAAACAGUCAAACUUAUGCAACUAGAAAAAGAGAAG